GGGUGCCCCGCCCUCCCGCUUACGUCACCGCCACGCGGCUUUAAACCUCCGUCCCGUGACUCCGAACGAAGUAGGCAGCUGGUGGCCAAUCAGCGCGCGGUCCGGUUCGGAGGAACGGCGGCGGCUGAGAUCCGUCUCUUAUUGUUCGACGUCGCUGUUUUAAGAACUAAAGAUGCCGGGUGGGAUUACAGAUACGGGGGAGUUGUACUCUCCAUAUGUGGGCCUCGUUUAUAUGUUUAACUUGAUCGUUGGGACAGGAGCGCUGACAAUGCCACAGGCCUUUGCUGUUUCUGGCUGGGCUGUGAGCCUUGCCCUCAUUAUCUUCUUGGCAUUUAUGAGUUAUAUGACGACAACGUUUGUUAUUGAGGCCAUGGCAGCAGCAAACGCACAUCUACGCUGGAAGAAGAGGGAGAGGCAGCGAAUAGUGGAUGAUAGUGAUGCUUCUUCAGAUUCCUACGAUGAUGACAAGAGUGAGGUUGCGAUGCUCGAUGGCCAUGAACGGUCAGAGACGAGACCCAUUCUCUCAGUGCAAAGAACCAGUGUGAACAAUGCCUUUGACAUUGUGGAACGAAUAGAAAUGGGUCAGAUGGCUUCCAUGUUCUUCAAUAAAGUGGGAGUCAACAUGUUCUACAUCUGCAUCAUAAUCUACCUCUAUGGGGAUCUGGCUAUCUACGCAGCUGCUGUCCCAUAUUCCCUCACGGAAGUCGUCUGUGGUAAUCAGUCAUGCAGUGCUGUCAGCAAACUAAAGGCCAACGAUACUGACCCGUGCUGGGGAUCAAUUCGACGCAUCGACGCCUACAGGAUCUUCUUGACUGCGUUCUCCUUGCUUCUUGGACCAUUCACCUUUUUCAAUGUGCAGAAAACGAAAUACCUCCAGAUGAUCACCUCCCUCAUGAGAUGGAUAGCUUUUAUAAUCAUGAUCAUUCUGGCUUUGAUCAGGAUCAGUAAAGGAAAAGGAGAGGGCCACCCCCCGAUUGCCAACAUCUCUGGAAUCCCCAACUUGUUUGGUGUGUGCGUCUAUUCCUUCAUGUGUCAGCAUUCUCUGCCCUCACUAAUUACUCCCAUCAAUAAGAAGAAGCACAUGAACACACUGGUCCUGGUUGAUUAUGUGCUCAUCCUAGCUUUCUAUAGCCUCCUAUCUUUCACCGCCAUCUUCUGCUUCAGUAACCUGAAGGACAUGUACACCCUCAACUUCACGAGCAACUGUGAUGUCGUCAGCAUCCCCUUUAUCCGCUACUUCUUGGGACUCUUCCCAGUUUUUACAAUCAGCACAAACUUUCCAAUAAUUGCAGUCACCUUGCGUAAUAACUGGAAAACUGUCUUUCACAGGGACGGGGGAAUGUAUCCGUGGCUGAUCGACCGCAUAGUCUUUCCCCUGAUCACCAUUAUUCCUGCCAUACUCGUGGCAUUCUGCACCCAUGACUUGGAGACUCUUGUGGGCAUCACUGGUUCUUAUGCCGGCACUGGCAUUCAGUACAUCAUCCCUGCCUGCCUGGUCCACUUCAGCAGAAAGGAUGUCGGACUAGUCUUUGGAAAUGAUGUUCAGAAUAAGCACCGCUCACCCUUCAAGCACUCUUUCUGGGUCGUGUUUGUACUCGUGUGGUCUGUGUCCUGCUUCAUAUUUGUAACCACUAACAUUGUACUAUCGGAAACCAUCUAGUGAGCACUUAAACUGUCUGAAAGGACACCUGCACUGCCUAUUCAAAGCCCUCAUUUGCUCCCGUUGCAUCAAUGAAUGCCUUCACUGUGGCUAAAAUGUGAAGAUUUUGCAGGAUCAUAUUACGCUAGCCAUUUGCUGUUUUGCAAAUCAAUGUGUAAUUUUCUUUUCCCUCCCCACCAGAAGGGACUUUGGCAGUUUGGCAAUAAAUGGCGUCAGAUUUAGAUUUGGGAAAUUUAUAAAUGAAGUGAGAAGUUUUUCAUAAAAGGAAUCAUGUACUGUAUUAAGCCUGGAUUAUCACUUGUUGCUGUCCUGGCCCUGUUUUGAAUGUGUCAGUAAAUGGUCUGCAUUAUACUCUUAUGACUAAGGAAUGUUCUUGUAAACCAAGAACAUUUCUUUAUGGUUAAAAUUAUUGAUGACAAUCAAACAAGAUGGCUGCAGACAGUAUAGCCUAAACUUUCAGCUGUAAAAGCUGUAGGAUGUGACAAUCCAUAAAGCAUCUGGUGCAUAUCUGGUGCAUAUCUGUGCGAUGAAGCAGCUUCCAACUGAAGUGACAUCAACCUAACAUUGUUGUAUAUAUCCUGGCUCCUGUUUACUGACCUGUGACUGAUUUGGGUGUAAAGGGAAGAUGUUUUCCAAAGAAUGUACAAACUCCAGUAUCCCCUGUCUGCUGAGCUGCCAGGAAGUGCAGGUUGCUUCUGGUGCAGUAUUCUUCAUGAAAUCUACAUGUUGAAAUUAAGUCUGCCUUCCUGUUAAAACCUCCUGCCCUUAAUAAUUGAGGGUCUGGGCCCCCACUUCUCCCGAUAUCCCACCGCUCACCUUUCCUCAGGUGCCUUGUACUCUUGUUUGUGAGGAGACAUGCUUUGUUUACUCCGACCAUUCAGCUGUGCCUAUUUUUGAACUCUCUCCUUUUGGAGAAGCUGGGAUGUGUGAAUGGCAAAGGAUGCUGAGCCUGCUGGGUGCUUCUCUCCAAGCUGCCAGACUGGCUGUAUCAUGAACCAAGCAGGCUGCUAUGGGUUGGCCAUUUAGUCGUCUGCCUCUGCUCUUGCUUGCCGUAUUGCCUUGACCUUCACUCCACUGCUGGUCGCAAGGUGCAACAUGUUUACGUGGGAAGUUUAAAACAACAGCUAUGAAUAUAUUUUGGGUGAAAGGGAGAGGUUUUGGUAUUGAAUGCUGAAAAACAAUGUGUAGUUUGCAACCCCUGUUCUAAUUGUACAGUAAAGUAUUUGGAACCUA